GUCGGGCCUAAAGAGCAACUGAAACGCCUAAAAAUACCGGUGAUCGCCGACCUGCCCGUAGGACAGAACCUCCAGGACCACAUAUACCCGGGAGGCCUGCACUUUGUGGUCGAGCAGGACUCCAUCAAAGAUCACUUAUUCGCCGCCAAAGACCUGUCUUAUAUGCAGCGCAAGAUCCAGAAGCCCAUCAAUUUUGUGCGCUAUUUCUCGGACGGCACGGGACCCCUGGCCAGCACCGGUGGGCUGGAAGGGCUGGGUUUCAUCAAAACCAAAUACGCCAACAAAACCCACGAUUUGCCCGAUUUUGAGAUUCAUUUGGUGUGCGCCUGUCUCUCGUCAGACGACGGCAGGAUUUUUCGCCAUAACGUCGGCAUUACGGAUGAGAUCUGGGAAAAGGUGUACUUCCCGUACGUGAAUAACGACUGUUUCUCACUGUUCCCGGUCCUGUUGAGGCCCAAGAGUGUGGGCUAUAUUAAGCUGCGAAGUGCCAGUCCUUACGACCCACCGAUCAUUGAGCCCCGGUAUCUGACGCACCCGCACGACAUUAAGACGAUGGUGGAGGCCAUGAAGAUCACCAUCAAAUUGGGUCACUCGCCACCCUUGAGGAGGUUGGGCUCCCGGCUCAUUGAUAAAGUAGUGCCAGGCUGCGAGGGCUACAAACUAUAUUCGGACAAAUACUUGGCGUGUUUGGCCCGGACACUGACCCACACCAUAUACCACCCGAUCGGGACGUGCAAAAUGGGCCCUGCUCACGACCCCACCUCAGUCGUCGACCCGGAGCUACGGGUUUUAGGCGGUGUUAAGGGCCUACGAGUGGCCGACGCAUCCAUAUUCCCGAACAUCAUCGGCGGCAACACAAACGCACCCAUUAUUAUGGUGGCCGAGCGGUUGGCCGACAUGAUCAAGGGCAUUCAAUUGCCACCAAAGAAGAAAAAAAAA